UCUGUGCUGUGAUAGGCUGGUAGGAAGUUGGGCUGGGGCGUGCUGGUCACCGGUGUGUCUCCUGUCAGCGCCGCUCAGGGCAGGGUCUCCUCACAAUGCUUCGCCUCCUCUCCAGCCAGACUGUUACAGGCUUACCACCACGUAGGGGUGUUGCCAGCAUCACAGAACGAAUUAAGCGAGAUGAGCGCCGGCAGCGUCAGCGGAUUCAGCUAGAGGAAGGAGCUGCUCAGGAAACAGAAGUAUCAGAUGUUAAAGGCCAGUGCUGGAGAGCUAAAGAGGAGAUAGAGUAUAAAAUUGCUACAAAGCCAGGAGACAAAAAAGAUACCACCUGUCCACUGCCUGCUUCCUACAGCCCACAUUAUGUGGAGGCUGCAUGGUAUUCCUGGUGGGUGAAAGAGGGUUUCUUCAAGCCAGAGUACCAGAGUGGCCUCCCGCACGCUACUCCAGAAGUCUUCUCACUCUGCAUCCCGCCGCCCAACGUCACUGGCUCCCUUCACCUCGGACAUGCUCUCACGGUGGCCAUUGAGGACUCUCUCGUUCGCUGGAGGAGGAUGCUGGGGCAGAAAGUUUUAUGGGUGCCUGGCUCGGAUCAUGCUGGAAUCGCCACGCAGGCAGUGGUUGAGAAGAACCUGUAUAAAGAACAAGGCCUCUCGCGCCAUGAUUUGGGCCGGGAAGAAUUCUUAAAAGCUGUCUGGAAGUGGAAGGAGAAUAAAGGAGAGAGGAUUUAUCAUCAACUACAGUCGCUCGGAGCUUCUCUCGACUGGGACAGAUCCUGCUUUACUAUGGACGAACAUUUCUCUAGGGCCGUUUCUGAAGCUUUUAUCCAUCUCUAUGAGGAUGGUUUGCUUUCUCGCCGUAACUGCCUUGUGAACUGGUCCUGCGCCCUCCGUUCUUCCAUAUCUGAUAUAGAGGUGGAGAGCCAGCAGUUGAAUGGUAAAACCUACUUCUCUGUACCUGGGUACAAAAGAAAAGUUCCUUUUGGACUUCUGUUCAGCUUUGCUUAUCGCACAGAGCAAGGAGAUGAUGAAAUCGUUGUGGCCACCACACGCCCAGAGACCAUGCUAGGUGACACUGCUGUGGCUGUCCAUCCAGAAGACCCUAGAUACUUGAAAUUUCAUGGGAAGAAUCUUUGUCACCCCUUCUCUGGAAGCCUACUUCCCGUCGUCACCCAUCCUCUCGUCAACCCAGAGUUUGGUACAGGAGCUGUAAAAGUGACCCCUGCCCACAGCAUGGUAGACUUUGAGAUAGCUCAGGACCUGAAGCUGCCCUUGGUGUCUGUGAUUGGAGAAGACGGAGCAAUGACGGAGGCCAGCGGAGACUGGAUAAAGGGGGUGAAAAGGUUUGAUGCCAGGGAUACAAUUCUGGCUGCAUUAAAGGAGAAGGGUCUGUAUAGGGGAGAUUGUGAGCACUCCAUGCCGCUUCCCAUCUGCAGUCGUUCCGGUGAUGUAAUCGAACAUCUACUGAAGAACCAAUGGUUUUUGAACUGCGAGGCAAUGGCAGAAAAAGCUCUGAGGGCUGUGAAUUCCGGACAGCUGAAGCUCACCCCGACCUAUCACCAGAAAAACUGGAGGAAUUGGCUCUCCAAUAUAAGUGACUGGUGUGUGUCAAGGCAGCUGUGGUGGGGACAUCAGAUUCCAGCGUAUCGGGUGAUCCCGUCGGAGUUGCAGCCUGCCCAGGACACGGCGACCACUGGCCUGUUCUCCCCUGAGAAAAACAUGGGUGAGAGUAGAGAAAUCUGGGUCGCCGCCCACAGUGAGGCUGAGGCCAGGAAGAAAGCCGCUGCGGCCUUGGGCAAAUUGGAGGCAGAGCUGAAGCUGGAAAGAGACCAAGAUGUCCUUGAUACCUGGUUUUCCUCCGCUCUCUUCCCAUUUGCCAUGUUGGGAUGGCCGGAGCAUACCAAAGAUCUCGCAGAGUUCUACCCCAACUCUCUCCUGGAGACGGGCAGCGAUCUUCUCUUCUUCUGGGUGGCUCGGAUGGUAAUGUUAGGAGAACAGCUCACGGGGCAGUUGCCAUUCAAAGAGGUGUUGCUGCACUCGAUGGUCCGAGAUGCCCAUGGGAGGAAGAUGAGCAAGUCUCUAGGAAAUGUUCUGGAUCCUCUAGAUGUGAUGACAGGGAUUUCUCUGGAGAGCCUGCGCAAUAAGCUAAGAGAGGGGAACUUGGAUCCAUGGGAGUGUAAAGUAGCGGAGUCUGCCUUGGUAAAAGAUUAUCCGCACGGCAUCCCGGAGUGUGGGACAGACGCUCUGAGGUUCGCCCUCUGCUCUCAUAGACUACAUGGUGACAAUAUUAAUCUGGAUGUCUCCGUAGUUGUUUCCUUCCGCCAUUUCUGCAACAAAAUCUGGAACGGGGUGAAGUUCACGCUGUCUGCUCUGGGGGAAGGGUUCUCUCCGCUCCCAUUGGAAGAGUUGAGGCCCCAGGCCCCCAUGGACCGGUGGCUUCUGGACUGCCUGCAGCAGCUCAUUGUGGAGUGUGAGAAGAAGCUUCAGUCCUAUGAGCUCCAUGGAGCUACAGGAGCUAUUUACACCUUCUGGGUGAAGCACUACUGUGAUACCUAUGUGGAAGCUGUAAAACCCGUCUUAAAGGGGCCAGGCUCUCAGGAUGCCCAACAGGUGCUGUACUGGGGGGCAGAACAGACGCUUCGUCUUCUUGCCCCUUUUACCCCGUACUUAUCAGAGGAGCUGUGGCAGCGUUUACCAGCAGCCCCUUCACGACGAGCACCCAGCAUCUGUGUUGCUGAGUACCCCACUCCCGGGCACACGGCUCAUUGGUCGUACCCCGAGGAGGCACAACGCUUUAGCUUUGUUCACGCCGUAAUCACCACGCUGCGCAGCCUAAGAAGUGACUUCAGCAUGACCAAGGCGAGGCCGGAGGUCCAUAUCAUCUGUUCUCAGGAAGAUGACCUGCACUCCCUCCAGAUUUUCCUGUCUCCACUCCAGACGCUCUCGCUCACAGGUCCCCUCCACCUUCAUCUCUCCAGGUGUGCUCCUCAGGAGUGUGGGGAUGGAGUUGGCUGGGCCUCAGGAGAAGUGGGUGAUAGCUGUCAUCUUUACAUGAACCUACAGGGACUGAUUGAUCCCAUCACAGAGCGUAACAAGCUGCAGACUAAACUUAAGAAAUUAGAAUGUCAUCUUCAGAACCAAGUGAAAUGCAAAGAGGACAAUGAGGAUAAUUCUCUGCACCUGAAGAUCUCCAAAUUACAGAAUACAAUGAGGACUUUGGAGAAAAUGAUCACUGACCAAUAGCUUUUAUCGCCAUCCUGUGGUCACUAUGUGUAUCACAGCUGGGUUAUAUAUAGGUUAUAUUCUACAUCACAGUGAUGUGACGCCCUGGGGUUAUGUCUGGUUAUUCGUAUACUGUAGGUAUACAUGAGAAUAAGUCUCCUGUGGUCACUAUGGGGGAUAUUCAAUUGUUUGAAAAGUAGAUUGGGUGUCUGUUUUUUCCUAUUAGACAGAGACCCAACUAACUUUUCAAACAAUUGAAUACCUAUAUGUAUUGUGAAAACAGAAAUGCUGUGUAUAUACUAGUUUUAUAAUAAAUGUAUACAUUUUAUAUUCAUAUCAAUUAGGUUUAUUGUGUAGACGUUUGACGGUCAUUAAAAACGUGUCAAUCAAA